UCGCCACAGAAAAGUGAGAUAGAGAGAGAUAAUUCACACACACAUUUCUUCUUCUUCUCUCACUUGCACACACUUCACAAGUCUUUCUAGAGAGAGAGAGAGUGUAAAAAAAGAGUGGUUGUUCUUGCUUUCGAUCUUUUGUUCUUCAAUUUUCCCCCCUCUGAUCCACCCCGCUUCUCUUGAUCCCCUUCUGCGAACCAUCUGAUUUUCGAAGCUGUUGCUGUUCCGAGAUUUUGUUUACCGAGUCAUGAUCAUCAUCAUGAAUACCAAGCAAACUUAGAUCAGGAUCAUCAUCAUCGUCUUCAUCAGGUGUUUUCAGAUCGAGAUCUCAAUUUGUUUCUUUUUUCUUUUUUUCUGAUUUAUUUGAGGGCUUAUUAGUUGUUCCCUCAACUUCAGAUCUCCAUUUUCUUUUUUUGGUUGAGGAUUUAAAGGGUUGUCUAUUUUAAACCUAUUUAAAUCCAAGAAAAACAAAAAAAAAAAAGGAAAAAUUUUCGAUUUUAUUUCAUAUUUUCUUGAUUUAAGCUUUCACCUGUUCUUGAAUUUUACUUAGAAACAGGUCCUUUUUUUUUAAAAAAAAAGUAAUUUGAAUUAUUAUUAGAAUGGCAGCUACAAUGGAUUUUUGGAGUAGCUCACCUGUUGUAGAUCCCCUUGGGGGUGGUGAACUCAUGGAAGUGCUUGAACCUUUUAUGAAAAGUGCUUCUUCCCCACCCCAUUCUUCUUCUUCCAAUCUUCCCUCUUCUUUCCCUUCUGCUCAUGACCACUAUUUUUCUAUUUCCACCCCCCCUUCUUCCACCUCCACUUCCUUUUCCUACAAUUCUUACUAUCCUUCCACCCAGGUUGAGCCCAGUAUGUACCAGGCCUCAUCAGCCCAUGACUAUUCGUAUGGGUUGGGCCAGCUGCCUACAUCUGUUGGGCUUAACCAGUUGUCUUCUGCUCAGAUCCAGGACAUCCAGGCCCAGAUGGUGUCAGGCCAGUUCCAGGCACAGUAUUCGAUGGCCCCAAGGAAUAGCUUUCUUGGGCCCAGGCCCGUCCCCAUGAAGCAAGUGGGCUCGCCUCCAAAGCCCACCAAGCUGUACAGGGGUGUGCGGCAACGGCACUGGGGCAAGUGGGUGGCCGAGAUCCGGCUGCCCAAGAACCGGACCCGGCUGUGGUUGGGCACCUUCGACACCGCGGAGGAGGCGGCGCUGGCCUACGAUAAAGCGGCGUACAAGCUGAGAGGAGACUUCGCCAGGCUCAAUUUCCCGCACCUCCGCCACAACGGGUCCCACAUUGGCGGAGAGUUCGGGGAAUACAAGCCCCUCCAUGCCAGUGUGGACGCCAAACUCGAGGCGAUUUGCCAGACUCUGGCGCAGGGCAAGAGCAUCGACGCCAAGAAAGGCAAGAACUCGAGGUCGAAAAAGGCGGCGGCGGCGGCGGCAGCGGAGGAAAAGAACUGUAAGAUGUCCGAGUCUGAGAGCGAUGGGUCCGGCGGGUCGUCGUCGCCCGUCUCGGAUCUAACGUUCCCAGAGUUCGCGGAGGAGGAGCAGCCCGGAUGGGAGAUGGGCUCGUUGCCGAAGUAUCCAUCUUAUGAGAUCGAUUGGGAUGCAUUAUAAUUUCGUGAAAGUUGAGGUCUUUUUCUGCAAAAUGAAGUUUUUGGUCUAGUAGCAGUCUACUCUCAUAUGUAGUGUUUGUUGAUAAGUAAUUGGGGCUACUGCAAUGAAAUUUUAGGCAUUUGCAGGGGUCGAAUUUUAAUUUUAUAUCGUUGGUGGUCUUAGGUGGGUAGGUUAGUAUGGUUGAAGGAUGUUGUAUAUAUCUUCCUAGGUAGCUGGUUUUUUACAUGGCUGCUAGGGGGAUUAAUAUUUGACUUGUAAUUUUCUUAUGUUUAUAUUGAGCAAUUAUGUUAAGUAUUAAUUAUCA